AUGACCAGCAUGACAUCGACAUUUUCUGAUGCCGAGCAACAGAAGUCGCGGCAGAGCUCGAGUCCCCCUCGUUCUCAAGCAGCCACCAUAUCGCUGUGCGAUGACGAAGCACACUUGGCUCUAGGCGAAUCCAAGGACGCCACCAUUUGGAUUUUCUCCGACUCUGAGACAGAAGACGAGGAUGAAGAGGGUCAAGUUGUCGAUGACUCGCAAUCAUCCACAACUACGGCGACUACCAUCACGAGCCAUUCUGCCUCUGCAGAUACCAAGAGCACCAAACAGAGUCCACCUGGGUCAGAGGUCGUUGUUGAUACGGAUGCUACACCAGCAGUAUCCUCGGCCUGGGCAGAAGACGACUCAAACACGGACCCUCCCGCUGGUCCUGAACUGAGUCAGCAAUCUCUUUUCCAGUCGAACCGCUCGUCAGCUGGCAGCUAUUCGGCUUGUAUAGAUGCCAGCCUUAACCUCUCGCCUGCCAGCCCCGAAAACCAUCCAUAUCUGGUUGUGUCGGACCGACAACAGCUUGUCUCCGAAUCCACCGAGCCCGCCAGCGAGCCGGGCAUGACGACGAUCGAUGCCCUCUCGAAUGAAGGUUCCUGUCGUGGGGGACAGAGCACUCCGGCGUCCCCUUCAAUGAGCACGCACAGCACUGUUACCGCCACUGCUGGGGAGAUGGCCCAGACGCUAUUACACGGUAGCGAAGUAUGUACGGGCACGUCGCCCGAUGAUGUCACCCCUGGAGACCGCAAUUCAUCUCUGGAAGCAGGGUUGUCACACGAACCGCAUCAGGGACAAGACUUGGACGACGCAAGUUGCGGGUCCAGCGAUGCGGAGUCUGAGGCCGUGGAUGGUGGACCCGGAUCACCGUUUGGGGCCCAGGCGUUUCCCCAGUUGCCGUUUCCGCGCCGUUCUCGUCGCAGAUCCCCAUAUGCGCAUGCAACGGCGCAAGAGGAGGACAGUGACGCAGAUACUGAAGGCUCCAGCAGUGAGGAUGGCCUCGACGAUCCACAGAGUGUGCAUGACGAGGAUUACUGCCCUCGGCCCUCAACAGCUCAGGGACCCAGCUCUGGAGACGAUUCUGAUGACGAAGAACAGCAUGGUCGCAAACGUCGCAGGGUAUCUCGAUCCGCUCACACCCGGAGCGCCCCCCAAAGACGACGGACAAGACGUACCGCAGCGUUGUUGAGAGGACGCCGAAGGUCUGCAUGCGGCAUAGACAGCCCCCCGUCGUUACAGGCAAGACCAACUGUCUCUGAGCGUCGAUUCGAGGAAUGGCCUCUCGGAAAUGCUUCAUUGAAGUGCGUCACUGAGGGCGACAAGAAAACCUUUCAAAUUCAGUUUGAAUGGACCCCUGGUUCACCCGAUUCAUGCCAGCGACAUGCUGACAGAUCCGAGUCACUCCCCAGAAAGAGCAGGGGACCGCCUAAGGCUUCGCUUUCAGCUACAAGAUCGUCCGGUGGAAAGUGGACAUUAGAGGAAGACGAUAUUGUGCGCAAGAUGAGGCAAAACGGAGAUUCUUGGGCCGAGAUUCAGUGCGCUCUUCCACACCGUUCUCAGGGCACGAUCCAAGUGCGGUACUCGACCAAGCUCAAAUACCUGCCCAGUUCGGAGCGAUAG